AUGGCCGCGGCGGCGCCGCCCCGGCGCAUCGGCAGGUCGACCGUCCACAUGGACGGCGGUGGCGCCGACAGGCCGACGACGGCGAUUGAUGGUGUAGGCCGCACGUCCUCUGGCGCCGGGGCCGGGCGGCGGCCGGGCAUCAACCUCUUCUCGGGGCCGGUAUCUGCCGGCGUGUUCGUCUCCUUUGCGCUCUGCAUCGUCGCCUACUGCAUCUACUCCUUCCUCGCUCGUCGCCGCGCCAUCUUCGACGCCCGCCACAGGUUCCAACUCUGGCCUCGGUAACUGCCCGGUGUGCCUGGAGCCAUUACACGGGCGUACCAACAUCAUGGCGGCGCAGGCAUGCGCCCACGUGUUCCACGCGUCUUGCAUUGAGCCAUGGCUCCACAGCCGGGGCUCCUGCAGGGCCGGCCCAUAGAUAUACGGGGCCCAGGGGCAAGACAACAAUAAGGGGCCUUUAUUUACUCAAAAGCUCAAAAUAUUUUCUAUUUCAAAAGCAAAGUAAUAUCCCGUACAUAGCAUAGCAUGAUGAUCUUAAUUUGAACUCUCAAACUGAUACUACAAUUUAUUUAUGGAUCAAGUGAACUACACCAUGGUAGUAAUGAAAUGAUG